AUGCUCGGAGACAAUCUGGAGAAGUCCAAAAACCCGCUGAAGAAGGCGAUGCGACGACGGAAUGCGAAGACAGUCACUUUCACUAGCCCAACAUACAUCGAAGCAUCUGAUGUUGAAUACUCGACGGAAGAAGAGGAGGAUGACGACGUUUCCUUCACUGACGAAUACGCAUCACGCGAUGAAUACGACGCGCGGGAUGAGCAGAACGAGGAUAUUGUUGUCGAGCCUCUGAGGCCCAAGUCGCAACGGGAUAAAGGGACACAAGAGACACAAGGCGCACACGAGACACAAGAAACGAAUGCGGCUAGCCCAGAAAAACAGAGAUCAAGCCAGGAGAUUUUUGAGCAAGAAGGUCCCACCUCUCCUACGUCUUCUGAGCUCGGCGUCAGCAGAUCGAGGAAUGGCACUCUCCGCAACACCGACUCGUUCUUCAAAGAUGAUACUGUUGAGACGAAGAAGAUAUCUCUUACUCCAAAUCUUCUUCGUGACGACACCGGUGCUGUUUCCAAUGAGCUAAGAGAGCCUCGCGUCAGUUUGGAAACACUUGAUAAAACCACUUCCAACGAAAAGGUCAAGGAUGACAAGAAGCGGAAGGAUAAGAAACCCGGAAUGCUUAGCGGUCUAUUCAAACGGAAGGAUAAGAAGUCUAAAUCGUCUGAAGAUGACGGCGAGGAUCUCCUUGAGAAGCAUUCAGCCGAGUUGUCUCGAGCAUCGCCACCACCGAAAACAUCAUCAGAGUCUGUUUCUUCCCCCGAGGCACGAACUACGAAACAAGUUGGACCCCAGAGACAGUCUAGUAAGCUUCAGAAACAACCGCCGGAUAGCGUCUCUCAGGCAAUUCGCGAUCCAUACAAGGAGCCUGUGGUCGAAUCACCCGUAACGGGAAAAGAGAUAUCGCCAAAAGAGAACCAGAGACCGGAUCAGACGAUACGCCAAGUGGUUCUUGACGAAGUGGAGGAAAUUUCCGGAUCCUCUCGUUCUAAACCCUACGAAGCAGACCGUGACGUUGUUCGGAACGCCCGUAUCCAGAGCCCUUCCAAGAAACCUAUGUCACCAAGCGAAGCUCCUAACACUCGCCAAAACCAAUCUCCCCAAGCGUUAUACUCGCAGCAAUCCAUCACAUCACCACCGCAGAGAUUUCCGCCGCAACAGAGCACAGAACCUCAAAGUCGACUUUUGGAUUCACCUAUCAGCGCAUCGUCGCCUUUGGAACGGAGCUCACCAAGCGUACCCGGCCUUACUACUGAUCUAUCGCCUUCUCGUGAGCAUCUUACUUCUCCCGAUUCACCACCCUUAUCGCCUGCAGACACCACCGACAGUCGACGCGCCGAGGCAAUUCAGACGCCAUUCGAAGUCCCCACUCCGACUUGGAGCGACGCCAGCCUGCGCUCAUACCUGGAGGAUGAUCACGAACUCCGUGACCUAUAUGUUAUUGUUUAUGAUAAUACCAACAUUCCUCCCGCGGGUCCCGAACAUCCAAUAACUGGCAACUUGUUCAAGGAUGAGAGCAAAAGGCUAAAGGAGAUGAAUAGCCAGUUGGACUCCAUGCUAUCCGACUGGGUGACUCGGAGAGUCCGCAAAUCGACGAGUCAAUGA